AAAAAUUAAUAGAGAAAGCAAAUGAUAAAAUGACAGAUUUAAAAAUAAUAUCAGAUAAAGCAAUAGAUAAGACAACAGAUAAAGCAACAGAUGUUAUAAUAAAUAAAGCUACAGAUUUAGUAAUAGAUAUGAGAAUGGAUAAAGCAAUAAUUAGUAAUGAUGAUACUGAAUUAGAAAUAGGCUAUAAAUUAAUUAUUAAAACUGCAGAAGUGAGUUUAUUGUUAGCUAAAUGGUUCAAAAAAUCAUUGUUAACUGUAGAUAAAUUUCUUUUGUCAAUUCAUAAUAAAAUUAUUAUGUUGACAAAAGAUAUUACUCUUAUACCAACUGAUUAUACUAUUAUAUUUAAAACACUAAGAGAAACUGGUGUGGGUACUCAAUUAGCUAAUACCCAAGAUUUUUUAAAAUUUAAAGCUAAUUGUUUAAAGUUGGCUACAAAAAACAUUGAUAUAGAAAUUUACAUAACAAUUACACAGACAAUCAAACAAAAAAAGAAUAAAAAGAAUUUAAACACUAAAGAGUUUACUACUUUUGAAUUAGUGGCUCUGAACCCAAAUAAUAUUUGA